AAAGAAACCUCCAAAGCUUUGUCCAGAUUGUAAGGACACCAAUAAUUGUGUCAAAUUAUUUUCCGGCAAAGUUAACAGAAUUGAAGAAAUUGUUGAUAAUUUUUGUAGCGGGCUUCCAAAAAAGAAGGCCGAAAAAUUUUCGAUAUACAACACAAAGUUUUUACUUAACAAUGUUCCUUGCGAAAUUGAAUACGACUUGGCAAAUUUCACUUUAGAAGAAUUACAAAAAUUAGCAAAUUUCACAAUCCAAAAUAACAAUAAUAACAAUAAAAUUUUCGUCAAUAAUAAAUACCUUCCUUCGUCGUCUAAUAAUGGACGAAGUUAG